AUUUAUAAUAAUAAUCAGUAGGUAGGUGAUUUUUGUAUAAUAUAAUUAUAUAUAUUAAGCCACAAUCUGAAUAAUAUCAAUAGUUAUUAAUAAUAAAUAAUAAAAUAAUAUUAAAAAGCGACGACGAAAGUCCGAAAGUUGGUGUCGGCUACGUCGAGUGCGUUUUCAGCGACCGUUGGUGCAUCAUCUCACGUUCACGCCACCCGCUCAGCCGUUAUAGCACGCGCAUCACAUUGAUCGGUGUCUUCCAUACAAGUCUAGGAGUCGUUGGUCGUUCGUAAACAUGCCGAACAUAAUCAAUGAGGUGAAGUUGGACUUCAAAGACGUGCUGCUUAGGCCGAAAAGGAGCACACUGAAGACCCGGGCUCAAGUGGACUUGUUUCGACACAUUACGUUUCGUAACUCCAAACGCACAUAUCAGGGUAUACCGAUGAUGGCAUCCAAUAUGGACACUGUCGGAACGUUCGAAAUGGCAGCUGCCCUGGGAAAACAUGGGCUAUUUACUACAAUCCACAAAUAUUAUGAACCUGAAGAAUGGUUAGAAUUUGCCAACAGCAAUAAAGACAUUUUACCUCAUAUAGCUGUUACUUGUGGUAUAAAUGAUCACGAAUUUGAAAAACUCAAAAGAAUAUUGGAAGCUGUACCAGAUAUAUCUUUUAUCUGCCUUGAUGUAGCUAACGGUUACACUCAACAAUUUGUGGAUAUUGUUCGUAAAACGCGUACAGCAUAUCCACAACAUACCAUAAUUGCUGGCAACGUGGUUACUGGUGAAAUGGUUGAAGAAUUAAUUUUGUCUGGUGCUGAUAUCAUUAAAGUUGGUAUUGGUCCUGGAUCAGUAUGUACCACACGCAUUAAGACUGGUGUGGGUUAUCCUCAGUUAAGUACAGUUAUUGAAUGUGCUGAUGCUGCUCAUGGUCUGCAAGGACAUAUUAUUUCUGAUGGUGGAUGUGUUUGUCCUGGAGAUGUUGCCAAAGCGUUUGGUGCCGGAGCAGAUUUUGUUAUGCUUGGUGGCAUGCUAGCUGGGCAUGAUCAGAAUGGAGGCGAGUUAACCAUUAAACCAAAUGGUACUAAGUGUAAAUUAUUUUAUGGUAUGAGUUCGUUAACAGCUAUGAAGAAACAUUCUGGGGGCAAAGCAGAGUACAGAGCUGCUGAAGGUAAAGCUGUUGAAGUACCAUACAGAGGUGAUGUAAAUGACACUAUUCUUGAUAUACUUGGUGGACUUCGUUCAGCAUGUACUUACACUGGAGCACAUACAUUAAAAGAGUUGCCUAAGCGUGCCACAUUUAUUCGAUGCACUCAACAAGUAAACUCUGUGUACUCCAACAUAACUACUCGAGAAUAAUUACCCAUGUUCUAUAAUAUUGUAUAAUGUAUAUUGUACAUGAUAAUAAAGGUAUUUAUUUACCUGAUAUAUGGUAUAAUAUUCAAUUAUUGAUUCUAUAGUAUGAAUUAUUCCAAAGUCACAUUUUACAUUACCUGAGCGUCUGUAAAAUUUAAGACUGUAUUUUUAAAAGUUGUAUGAUAGCUUUUAUUUUUAAAAAUAAUUUCAAUUUUGUGAUCGAAAUAUUUUCUCAUUGUUAUUAAUAUUAAUUUAUUAUUCGUAAUCAAUAAUUAGUUAGUGAUGUUAAAAUUAAUUUAAAAAUACAAUUUAGGUUAGGUCUGAUUUUUAACACAUUGAUUUUUUUUAAUAUUUAAAAUUUUAUUCUUAAUAUUUUGAACAUAAAAUAUUAUGUUAGAUUUAUUACAACUGUUUAUUUACCUUAAACAAAAAGUAACUCAAAUUCUAUGCAAUAUAAUUCAAAAACUGUGAUGUGAUUUUUUUUCUAUCUUUAGGAAUAUUUUUAGUUGUAUAAUUUUUAAUUAUAUUUUAUAACAUAAGUUUUAAAAAUGUAUUAGUUAUGUUGAUUUUUAUAGAUUUCUAAUCCUAUUUAUGAUCUGACAACAAUUGAAUAAUUUAAUGCUAAUAAUUAUUAAAAAAAUAAACAAAUUUAUUUUGAGUAUUUGUAAAAUUAUUUUAAAACUACUAUAAUUUACUUGUAUUUUAAUUGUUUAAUCAACUAAUAAACUAAAAUUUGAUUUAAA